AUGUCAUCAUCCCAAGACGCACGAAAUAUCUGUAAUGACUUUUUUAAUAUUGUUAUGUUCCCUGAUGAAACUGUUCAGCAAUUUUGGGUCCGCCUAGACAAUAGCUAUCCCAGAUUCCAUGGUAUUUGUCGCAUGGCUCGAGACUUCUUAUCUAUUCAACCGACGUCAAUACCCUUAGAGCGAUCAUUCAGCCUUGCUCGCCAUAUCUGUCACUACGCUCGGUUCAACCUUUCGGCUGAUACUAUUUUUGAUACUUUGACUAUCAAAAUUAGCCAGAAUAAUGAGGCCUGGCUUUCCCAAACCACACUUGAGGAAGUUCCAGAUGACACGAAUAUCACUGAAGCAUCUGAAGAGCGCCAGCAUAUUAUUAGAGAAGCUUUUAACUACUCUUCUCUAUUGGAUAAAGCUGAUAUUCAGAGAUAUCUGAAGGUCUCUGAUGAUCUUACUAAGAUCUCUAUUACUGCUACAGGAGAUGCUCCCUCCCCGCCUCCUUACGAAGUCUCAGUAGAAGAGGAGGAUAUUAGCGAUAGAGAUGAGGAGCUGCCAUCCUUAUCUAGCUCUCAACAGCCAAAACUAUCGAGUCAAGUUUCCCAACUUAGCAACUCACCUACGCCUUCUGUAUCCCAAGAACUCCCAAACUUCUCCGAGCUUGGGGGUCGCAAAAGGAAGAGACUUACUCGGCUAGAUCUUGUCGAACUCUCUCCUGACGAGGAUAGCGAUUAA